GCGGCGGAGCAGUUACGCGCGCCGAUUGGGUGAGCGCAGAGCCGAAGAGUACAGUUCAGUAAAAAAAAAAAAAAAGACAAGAAUCGGGUAACAACAACAGCUGCGGCCGCCCGAAGCCGACCAAACACACACUUUUCGGACUCACACUACAAAGAUUUCGGAUGUCACGAUGGCUGCAAAAUUCACUAUUUCAGACAGCGAGUCAGAGCCAUCAGAGGAGGUAGAAGAGGGAGAAAACAACCAUUCACCAGCAACACAAGCCAUGCCUGUUUUCGCCCGCCGCAACAUGGCCUUACCUGAACUCAGAACUCCAGCAUCUGGUCGGCUCAGGCUGAACUCGGAGUCCCACGCCUCCACGCUCUCCAGAGAUGAGGAGCUCCAGGCGAGGGGGGAAGAGGAAGCCGGCACGCCCACAGACGGAGCUCCGUUCAGGGCACGGUCCAAGUCGGCUCCCCCUGCACUGUGGGCCGCCAAGAAGUACGGCCAGCAGCUUCGAAGGAUGAGCGAUGAGUUUGACAGCCUGCUAGAUAAAGGGGAGAUGAAGAGGGUGAGGAGUGCAGGGACAGCCAGACAGAUGCACCACUCUAAAAGCUGGUGGAGCUACCUCUUUAGUCACCAGGAGAUGGAGGGAGAGAACAACCACCAUGAAAGCCACACACAUCGCAAUGAGUAGGCACUAAGAGAGGAAAUAAGAGCGAUAUGAAGGAAUCGACAGAGAAGACAGCAGUGGGGAGGCCAAGAGAGCAAACCAGAACAGUGUGACCUGUGACAGAAGAGGAAAAAAAAAAGGAUCCAAAUGCAAAGGCUAAAAGGGACAUGCAGUAAAUAGCACUCAAGUGCAUACUCAGUGAGUCCCAUCCUAGAGGAGUUAUCUUUAUAUGUCAUUGGUAACUACAUUUGCAUAUUUCUUUUUGUAUUUGUGUCGAUUGUGAUGUAAACAAUAAGGUUGCGCAGCCCACCGUGCAACGCUAAAAGUCAGUCAGGCGUGAGGAUAAACUGUUGCCGAUGUGAAUCCCGCAGGGAGGAUAAAAGGAUGAGCCACGAGAGGAGACACGAUCUCCUAAAAAACAGAAACACUGGCGUUCUAGUGGAUUGGAGAGGUGACCACUCAGUUAAAAGAUUCCUAUUAUUUCAACUGUCUCUCACAUCAACACUAUGCAAUAUACUGUAGAUGGUGAGAUAAAUGUACUGAAAUCCAAACACCCGAUUAUUUGAGGCCACCUUGAAUGCUGUUAGAAUUUCCUUCUUCAUUUUCAUAAGGAAAUCACCAGUGUCUGUGUGUAAACUAAGGCUUGUUUUGCUCCAAAUGUUUGUGUUUGACUUGCACAAGCUCAUGAUGAGAACUAAGUGUGUGCCAAAACGAUCUGCAGGCAAGUUUUAUAUAUAUAAAAAAAAAAAACAAAGGAUUUUUUUAAGGCAUUCUAAGUGGGUCUUUAAUCCAUCUUCCUGCUCUGCUACCUACAAGCAGUACCAUUUAAAACAACUGGACUAUCACUAACUGCUUUAUAUCUCAAAUUUAUCAAAAGAAGAACAAUCUCGUAAAAGGACAAUCUCUUCUGAUGCAGAAAUAAUAUCUUUUGUAAUACUUUCAGGGUUAGAUUAUAGCGGAUGACAUUAAACAGACAUAUAAAAGCACAAACCAAUAGGAAUUCUAUCUUUAUAAAGCCUUGGAUUAGCAAAAAAAGAAGAAAAAAAAUACAAUCUUUGGAAUGUUUAUGUGUAAAUAUUUUGUUAAUAUUUUAUCAAAUGGAAGGGGCGGGGGUUAUAAGCAAGGCAGUUCAGCCAGGACUUUAUUUACAAGGCUUACCCAGCAAUAGGCAGUGUACAAUCCAUGGCUGUUGUGGUAAAUGUUAACACGCAUAUUUAAGGAAGUGGGAGGGGAUGAAUUAACUGCUGUACAAGGAGCCAACACUGGUCUCAUUUACUCAGCUCCCAGUGCAUGAAGAGGAUGAACUCAGAGAUCUAAGGGACUUCCACUUGCUUUUUUUCUUACGAGUUUGUUCAGGAAAAUCAUUUUCUAGUCCUGUUUAUAAAAGAAUUUGUUCAAAUGUGGGUUGUUCACUUUGCAUUGGGAUGUGAAUUAAGUGGGAUCUUAGUCUGUCAUGACUUAGCUUUGGGAGUGCUGAUCAGGUGCUAAAUUUAAUAUUUAUGUGGUUUUAGAGGAUUCCUUGGCACAUACUACUCAGAAAAUAGAAAUACAUCAUCAGCACUCCUAUAAGCUUGGUAAAAAUGAUUGGGCUAGUUGUGACUUGUUUAUCAAUAUGUGAUUAUUGAAAAUGGUAAUGGGCUUGUUCUACUUGUGUCUUACUCUCUUCCUCUCGACUUGUAAGGUUGAGUUGUGAAGUUCUCGGGUGUGCAGGCCGAGUGCUGCAUUCGUGUCGUCUUUAAAAAAUAAAUUUAUCACUAAGGUUAGUUUUUAUUUAAUAGCUUUUCUCUUGUAUGUUUGCAUCGACUUGACUGUGCAAGAUCAGCUGACUGAUUAUUUGUCAAAUUUAAACUGUUCAAAGAGGAGUGAAUCCACUGUUUCAUGAUAUCACAGAGAUGAGUUUCAGUAAGGUUUUUUUUUUUUUUUACAUUUUAACACUCCUGAUAGUCCUGUGUAUGUACUUUGACACAAGUAGUACCGGCUGGCAGAGAACACGUGCAUAGCGCUGAGAGGUCGGGGCCAGAUAUGAAUGCUUUACUCUCUAUAAUGUUGUAACGAACUGCCUUGAACACGCUGUAAGCUGUGAUGUGACACCGCAUAGCCAGCCUUGUCUGUUUACCCAAUUACCGCCUUAAACUUUACUGCUCGCUGUCGCAUAUUAUGCUCAAGAAGGAGAAAAAAAAGAAAGCACAAUAUAUGCGGAGGUGCGUUUACUGUCAUGAAAAACAUUUAAAAAAGAAGACAGUCGUGUAGUGGCUCUGAUUUUGUGGCAGUAAACACACCAUGGAGGAAAAACCUGCCUGGGCACCUGGAGUUUUGCAACCAUCCUUAGUAUUACUUGAAUCUGGAGACGUGUGUGGAGAAAACUGAAUUUUAAGAUUUCCUUUUUUUAUUAUUAUUAUUCUUUUUCAGUUUUUAAUGACUUUUGUAAAUGUAUUUUCUCUACAGCUGUGAAACCUCUGGUAUAUGCUGUCCUGAAUAAAUAAUUUUAAGAGUG